GUUCCCCCCAAGUUGCUUUGAUGUUGUCCUAGCGUCUAGAUGCUUGGGGAGACCGAGGAUUGCGGGGAAAGAGAAGCCCUUUGUGUGGAUGUGUGCGUGCAAUUUUUUUCCCUACUUCAUCUCGUUCUUCUCCUCCGGGCCGGCGUGGACAAAGGGGAGGGGGACAAAAACUCGGGGAGAAAUAACUGUGGAGACAAACGAUGAAAACCCAACUGGUUUUGUGUCAGCGCUGCGUGUGAGAGAGGGGUCCCGAAAAGAAAGAGAGUGAAGCGAGAGAAAGAGGAGGAGAAGCUGCAGUAGUGCAAGAGAGGGUUUGUGUUUGGAUAUUGUAAUCAUUUCCUGAAAAGAAAACAGUAAUUUCCAACAGUCCCAACUGCCUGCUUUUCUGGAUCCUGGUCUCUGCUCCCUGUCAGACACUGGUGUACCAGCACACGGAUCGUACAGUCACACACUAAACGAGGAUCUAUUGGACGUCUCUUCAGAUGCGGAGGAGUUGGAGAUUGUGAGACCUCAGGGUCAUUCAAGAUUUUAGUGUGGUGUCCCGUUGCAGUGCAGACAGAGCCAUGGCCACGGCUAUAUCGUGACACACAGAGACAUGUGUGGCCAGGGGCUGUGAGGGCUCCGUGGGGAGAUGCUGGAGGUGCAGGAGGAGCGAGCAGGAACAGCAGCAGCAGGUACGGGAACAGGCAGCGGAACGGCGCCGGGCGCCACGGCUAGAAAGGAGCGAGCCAAAGACCGGCAGGAGGAGGGCCAGGACAGCAGUGGCUCUGCUGCAGCCGCCAACAUUGGGCCCCGCAGUGCCCGGGCCAAGAGCACCUCUUCCACACACACACACUCGCACACGUCCAGCCCUCACCAGCACACUACUGCUUCAGCCUCGGUAGCACUGGGCCUGUCGUCAAUGCAUUCCAGCAACCCCAAAGUGAGAAACUCUCCGUCAGCUAACACUCAGAGCAGUCCAAAAUCCAAACAGGAGGCCAUGGUGCGCUCACCACCCGUGAUGUCUCCUUCAAGCGCCGCCCAGAUGGACUCUAAACUGCCAAAUCAGGGAAAGCAAGGGGGUGCCGGCAGCCAGUCGCAGCCCUCCCCUUGCGAGCCCAAGGCACUGAGUGGAAGCCACACACCCAAAGGCCCUCAGGGUAGCAUCGGACUCAAAAAUGGACAGGGUCUUAAUACAAGCAACUCGGGCAAUUCAAAAAGCAAGAUCAAGAGGGAGAGAAGCACUUCAAUCGAGUCUUUUGAGCAGCGGGAUACAGGGACGCCCAACAACGAGGGGGACCAGAAAGAGAUAAGCACUAGGGCUAAGAGGUUAUGUGUAGCUGAGCGACGGCCACCCUACAGCGGAGCCGACUGGUGUUCAGGAGGAGAGAGCGAUGAAGACGAUACAGGAUUCUUCAACUGCAACCCCAGUGAUAUCAAACCAGAUCCGGGUGCCCUAGCUGGCUCGACGCCUACCCAUAAUGCUGUUGGAGCACAGAAUACCCCAUCUGAAUUGAGCAGCAGUCAGAAAGCUGGGUCAAAGGUUGUUUACGUCUUCACCACAGAAAUGGCCAACAAGGCGGCAGAAGCGGUAAUAACAGGCCGUGCAGACAGCAUAAUCACUUAUCACAUGAACAAUAUUUCCAACGGCAAGGGUGGCAAGCCACAACUUUCCCAGAACAAUCAGCACGGACCCCACAGAAAUGACUCCAAACAACAAGGGCCACCAUCGCAACAGUCAUCAACACACUCCUCUGACCAGAACCACCAAGCAGCCUCUAAAGCAGCACAGCCGGGUCAGCCGCAGCAGCCUCCAGCUCAACCAGUUCAACCUCAACAGACAGCUCAAGGGGCUAAACCAGCCAGCCUUACACCAGAUGGCCCGCCGUCAGGGGGCAUGGACUCAAAGAGCCUCCCUAGUAGCAGUCCUCAUGAUGGUGCUGGGUCACAUGAUGGUAGUAAUCCUGCAGGGACACCUGGUCCCAACCAAGCUCCAAACGCUGGCCCUCAGCAAAGCUUCUCUUCCAUUGACCUUCCUAAAGGAGCCGAUGCUAAGCUAACAGCCCAGCACCAGCAUCUAGCUCACGAGAUCAUGUCAAGCAUGGGCGACAACCCCGAGUGUCUUUCCCAGGAGCAGUUAGAGCAUCGAGAACGUUCACUACAGACUUUACGUGACAUUCAACGUAUGCUUUUUCCGGAUGACAAAGACAUGGCAGCUAUGGGACAAGGGAACAUGAUCGGACCCCCACCCAAUGCUUCCAUGAUGGAGGGUGGCCCCAAGAAGCCUGAACAAGGUCCACUUCAAGCUAUGAUGGCCUUGUCUCAGAGCUCGGGAAAACCUGGUGGAGGUCCACGACCAGAUGGGCCUCCGUUUGGGCCAUCAGGUCCCAGGGACAUGCCUUUCUCCCCAGAUGAGCUUGGGCCUCCUCCGCCAGGUCCGGGACCCAUGAAUUCACACCUGGGUGGAGAGCAUGGUGACCACAUGACACCAGAGCAGGUUGCCUGGCUUAAACUACAGCAAGAGUUCUAUGAAGAGAAGAAGCGCAAGCAGGAGCAAAUGCAGCACAGGCCAAUGGGAGGAGACAUGAUGCUUCAUCAAGGGGGCCCUAGGGGCAUGAUACGUGCGCCACCUCCUCCCUACCAAAUGAACCCUGGUGAUAUGUGGGGUCCUGGGGGUCCAGAGCCGUUUCCUGAGCAAAUGAACCCCAUGGGACCUAGAGGAAUGCAUCCACACAUGCAGAGAAUGCCAGGUUUCCCUGGAAUGAUGAACACUGAAAUGGAGGGAGGACCUAAUCCUAUGCCUAGACCUGGUAUGAACUGGCCUGAUGAUAUGCCCAAGAUGGGGGAUGGCAGGGUGUUCCCACCUGGUCAGGUAAUGUUUGGUGGUCCGGGUGGGCGUGUGGAGAGGUUCCCUAACCCUCAGUCUGUACAGGAAGCCAUGUUUCAUCAAGGUAUGGGUGACAAGCCAGGAAUGGGUCUUCCACCAGGCAUGAUGAUGGAUAUGAACAGAAUGAUGGGUAACCAAAGACCCAUGGAGCCUGGUAAUGGUGGUAUGAUGUUUCCCAGAAUGCCAGGUGAAGGUCCAAUGAGUCCUUCCUCAAGGAUGGAGUUUGUAAAAGGUUUGGGCAGAGACAUGGGUGAAUUUGGAAUGGGACCUGGCAACCUCAGUGUCAACAUGGGGCCCAAUCCUCAGAUGAUGCCUUCCAAGAUGAGAGAGCCACCGAUGAACAUGAGUCCAGAGGAGAUUAUGAAGAUGAGGCACAGUGGAGGUCCUAUGUCUGAGAACAUGGUUCAACAACAAAAAAUGAUGCAAGGUCCCCCAUUUCCUGACCAGCCACACCCGGGUGACUUCGGGAACAUGGGGCCGAACAGACAAUUCCCAGGCAUGGGCCCUCACGGACCUGGAAAUCAAAGAGGUCCCAGAGGCGAGCCACCUUUCGUUCCUGACCAGCGAGGAGGCAGCAUGGGUGGUAAUGGUCGUCUCAGUCACAUGCCACCCUUACCUCCUAACCAGCCUCCCAAUGCUUCGGGUCCUCCACUCAACCAGAGGAACAUGGGUAGGAAGCCUUCAGACCUCAGCGUUCAAUCUGGCCCAGCCAAUUCACCCAACGUAAACCCACUUAAGUCUCCCACGUUGCGGCAAGUCCAGUCACCCAUGCUUGGCUCCCCGUCGGGUAACCUCAAGUCUCCACAGACUCCUUCACAGUUGGCCAGCAUGCUCAGUGGGCAACCAACAGCAGCCGCCGCCGCAGCAGCUGCUGCUGCAGCCUCCAUCAAGUCUCCUCCGAUGAUGGGUUCAGCUGGGGCGUCACCCGUCCAUAUGAAGUCACCGUCGCUUCCGGCCCCUUCGCCUAGCUGGACGUCAUCGCCCAAGCCGCUCAUGCAAAGUCCGGGGAUCCCCCAAAACAACAAACCUUCUUUGAGUAUGACCUCACCUAACAUGAUGGGCAAUGUGGAUCAAGGUGGAAACUGUCCUUCCUCCGCACCUCCUUCCAAUACUUCUGCCAGCCAGCCUGGAUCUAUUAACGUUCCAGGAAGUCUUCCGUCCAGCAGUCCUUACACAAUGACUCCAGAGCCCACGCUAUCCCAGAACCCUCUGUCCAUCAUGAUGUCGCAAAUGUCCAAGUUUGCCAUGCCAAGCUCCACACCGCUUUAUCACGAUGCUAUUAAAACCGUGGCCAGCUCGGAUGAUGACUCGCCACCUGCAAGAUCUCCAAACCUUCCAUCCAUGAACAAUAGCAUGCCUGGUAUGAUAAAUCACCACCAAGGCCAUCCACGAAUGAUGAACCCUAACGCCUCGGGCCCCAUGCCUUCACUUAGCCCUAUGGGCAUGAACACCAUGGGAUCCCAGCCUCUUUCUCACGGCAUGCCAAACCAGAUGCCCUCACCCAAUCCCAUGGGUCCUAAUAUGCCCCCUCAUUCCGGGCCCAUGGGUCGUGGCAUGAUGUCUCAUGGAAUGAUGAUGCCCAAUGUCUCCCAAGACCCAGGCAUGGGUAAUACCCAGAUGAUGCCCCAAGGUCGAAUGGGUCUCCCUCACCGAGGACAGGGCUUCCCUCCUGGACAGUCACCACCGCAGCAGCUGCCCUUUCCUCACAACGGUCCUGGGCCCCAGGGUGGCUUCCCACAUGGAAUGGGCUUUCAAGGAGAAGGAGGUCCAAUGGGAAGGAUGGGAAACAUGCCUCAUGGACCUGGUGGAGAACCUGGAAUGUGCAAACCCAACACGCCCGGGGGCCAGGAGUUUAACAACAUGCCAAGUGUUUUUAACGACUCCGAUUUACAUGAGGUAAUGAGGCCAGGUGCGUCGGGAAUUCCAGAAUUUGACCUCUCGCGCAUCAUCCCUUCUGAAAAGCCCAGCCAGACUCUGUCUUACUUUCCCCGUGGAGGAGAAGCGCCGGGUGGUAAGCAGCCACAUUCUGCCGGCCCGCUCGGCUUUCCUCCGAUGCAGGGGAUGAUGCCAGAGGGCAACCCUAGAAUGGGCUUACCCAUGCAGGGCAUGGGAGGUCCACCAGGCCACAUGGGGCCCCAGGACAUGCCAAUGGGGAAUCCUGGCCACAACCCUAUGCGGCCACCGGGCUUUAUGGGCCAGGGCAUGAUGGGAUCCCAGCACCGGAUGAUGUCGCCAGGUCAGCAACCGGGUAUGAUGGGAGGCCCAGGAAUGAUGCAGAGCAAGGAGAGGCCCAUGUACAGCCAUCCUGGCCCAGUAGGCUCCCCUAACAUGAUGUCACUACAAGGGAUGGGAGGGCCUCAACAGACUAUGAUGAUGCCUCCUCAGAUGAGGCCCCGGGGAAUGGCAGCAGACAUGGGAAUGGUGUUUAACCCAGGACCCGGCAACCCAGGGAAUAUAAUGUUCUGAGCUGCUACAAGGAACCUACAAGCCUCUGCCACAAAUCGACAAACAUCUGGAUACUGUACAACCUGUGAAAAAUAGGGACUUUUUAAACUAUGGAACCUUUGUGAAUUGUGUGUGGGUUUGUGUUUUGGUAGAAGAAUGUGUAGGAACCAGGACACUUUUCGUGCACAUACACACCUUGGUAACUUGGAUAGGACAAAGCUGGUGUGUACACACACCCACACACACAAAACAGCUGGUUGUGUAAAGAGGGAAUCCUCAUUCAUUAAAAUGGAUGUAUCAUUUUGCAGAUAAAGUGCUAUGAGGGGACUUGUCGCUGCACACUACAAUAACGUGCUUUCCUAACCAUUUGGUCCAGAUUUAAGCACAGUUUGAAACUGAAUGGUUUCCAGAACAUUAGGAAUGUAUUCAGAUUGACUCUUAGUGUGGUGGUUUUACCAGCCUGAUGUUACGUGGCUAUAGUAAAGGCGUAAGACCACGUAAAAAAAAGUCAGCAGCAAACCAAGUAAAGGAUGAUGACCUUAAGGUAGCGGUUUAUCGUUGUACUUCUGUUUGAAACGUUAAAGAUAUGGUUAACUCAGUAAAAGUGGUUCGAGAAAAAAACCCGAACUGAGUGAACAGCCGUGGAAACGGAACAAAAAAAAAGUCAAGGAACAUUUUGUCACAAGUUGCACCGUCUUGGCUGUAUGUUUACAUCUCAUCGCAUCACUUUCCUCCGAGUCAUGAAAUGCUCUUUGUAUGUGUGUACUGUACUUGUGCUGUCAAAGGGAUUUUACCAGUGACUUCUAUAGUUUUUUUUUUCAUCUUAAUUUGUAAAGGGGAGGGUUUGGGAGGUGUUAAUGGCCGAUAUGGUGUACCUCCACCAAACCACCACAAAAAUACUGUGUAACAUGGGGGGGGCAUACAGAAUAUUUUAAAUUUAAUUUCCUUUGCUACUCCCGUGUAUAAUAAAACCAAACUAAGACCUCAUACAGAUCAUAGUAUUAUUAAAAAACAAGCACAAACAUGAAUUAAUUGUAAAGAUUAAGAAGUGUUUUUUUUUCUUUACUUUUGUAUUGUAAAGGAAAACACUUUUGGGACAGUCAGCAGCGGUAGCAGCGGUAAUCUGAUGUAUGAUGUGAGUGUGGUUAAUUUUUUUCUGUAACAGGGACACUACACAUCUUUCCACACAGCAUCACAAUGGCUAUUGUCAGGACCACAGAGUCUUGAUAAUGAAACACACAAAUACCUGGAAGAUGCUGAGAGGGAAUAAUUAUGAAUUGUUUUAGCCGCAUAUGAUGGUUCCAAAGUGCAGUGCUGGAUUACUGAUGGGUGGUUAACUUUUUUUCUUUUCUUUUUGUAGAAAACAAAUAAUUAAAAAAAAAAAAAAAAAAACAACAGAAAAAGCUAAUAGGUUAUCCCCAUGUCCCCAGUCCUCCUGUGUUGAUGCUUGUCAUGUGUAACUCCAUUGAAUUUGGUACUGAACCACUUCCUAAGGCUGGGCUGUGGUGUUGGAAGACAAAUAAAAUAUAUUGUUUGGUAUAAAGUG